AUGCUUCGUCGAGGCGUUUGCCGGAGUAUCCCACUCUUGGGACCCACGUUUACCGAGCUCGUGGAGCGUCUGGACUCGUUUGAAAAGGAGUUUAUUGAAUGGAAGGCGUUUCGCAAAGCGGUGGAGUCAACGUCGCCGAAAGUAACUGAGGCGGCGAAACAGAUUAUGGCGGAGAGUAUGAAGGAGGUAAAAACGACUAAGGUGAACUUGGAUAACCCGUUGACGCCUGAGGAGUUCACGGAGUUGAAUCAGUUCUAUGCCAAGCAGAAGAUGAAGGAUAUAGUUUUCGAGAACUUACUGUACAUCAACACUCCGAAUGAUCUGAUGCAGCAUGCGGAGACUGUUUUUCGACAGUACCUUGUGCGCAUUGCCCGUCGGGUGCGACACUUGAGCCAUGCACCGUAUGGCCUCUCACAAAUGCCGGGAAUUCAAAAGCUGAAGAAGUGGUACCAGUGGAGUUUUCAUGAUGUCCGCAGCACUCCAGUGCCGACGUGCCGGGACGGGUGCUAUCGGUGCGACCGCAUGGUGCGGCGCGUUUUUCUGCGACACUACAAUGUCAGCUCACUCAUUACCGAUGGAAUGAUCGAGUUUGCUAAGCGCGAGGGGUGGGUAAAUGUAGACGAAGAAGUGAUACGCACAUAUGAUGAGCUGCAGCACUUCUUCGAAGAUUUUUGCCUGGGUCGCGUCCGUCUUCGCUUUUUGGUCGGCAAUUACAUGUAUCUUUCGACAAAAAUUCUGGGUGUAUCACGAGAGGAAAGCGCUGUGAAUGAUCCUGAGGGGCUCACAGUUCCUAUCUUCUUGGACCACAAUCCGGAGGAUUUUGUAGGGCAGAUCUGCAAGAAAUGCUCGCUGUUGGUGCUCACAAAGUGCGCAAUCAAGGUAGCCCAGGCAACCUACGAUGCGGAGAUUGAGCUGAAGGUGGCUGGCGUCCCUGAUUUGGUGUUUGUUGGGGUGCCAUGUAUCACAUACGACAUUAUUUGUGCAAUGCUGGAGGAUGCUGUCUGUGCAAAUAUAAAUCGCCAGGAGCGGACAGGCAAACCGUGCACAAAAAUUGAAGUCACGCUUGCGCAGUGGCCGACAAGCAAGCGUUUUGUACUGCGUGUAUCUGACACGGCGGGUGGAAUGACAUUGCGCCAGGCUUCGAUGCAGCUGUCCUGCUGGUCUCUCUACGGAAAUAUCCAGAGCCAUAAUCAGGAUUCGAUCUCGACGUGGACCUCGAGUCCGAUUCGGCUACCUUAUGCGUACAACGCCGCACGCGUUAUUGGUGGGAACAUCACACUGGCAUCCAUUGAAGGCUACGGGACUGAUCGGCAGCUAUACCUACCGUCUACCGGGCUUGCUGGUGUGUCGCUGUGA